AUGGUCAGGUCAACACAGAUUGCCAGAAUUGAUGGCUUGAUGCUGGCGGCAUCCGUGGAUGAUGAGCAGGCUGAAGUGGAGCUCUCUGAGAUCAAGUCUCAGGCGAAGAUGAUCUUUCGCCGAUUGAAUCGCAAUUCGGCGCCGCAAGCCAGUAUUGAAUCCGGUCAAUUUAAUCUACACUAUCUUAUCAAGGAUGAUAUCUGCUUCCUUUGCAUAUGCGAUCACUCCUAUCCGCGCAAGCUUGCGUUCACCUAUCUGGCCGAUCUCGCAACCGAGUUCACUACCACAUAUUCCCCGACACAAUAUCAAUCCCCGACUCUGCGCCCAUACGCCUUUGUGGAAUUCGACACCUUCAUCCAGCGCACCAAGAAGCUCUACCAGGAUAGUCGCGCGUCGCAAAAUCUCGACCGUCUGAACGAUGAGCUCCGGGACGUGACAAAGGUGAUGACCAAGAACAUCGAGGACCUUCUAUACAGAGGCGAUAGCUUGGAGAGAAUGGGUGAAUUGUCGGGCCGUCUACGAGAAGACAGCAAGAAGUACAGGAAGGCCGCGGUACGGAUCAACUGGGAGUUGUUGGUCAAGCAGUAUGGUCCUGUCGCGGGUGUUGGGUUUAUCUUUCUUUUCCUCAUUUGGUGGCGCUUCUUUUAA